UCUCCGCCCCCCAUAGACACCCGUGUUGGUGGAGGCUUCUUCCCUGCCUGACAGAGCGAGGGGCCUGAAGCGGGCUGCGGCAGCUGCGGCCCCAAGCCGCUCAUGGCCGCGCCCGUAGCCGCGCACGUGGCAGGAGGCGGCGAGGAGCGCGCGGACGCGCAGUUGGAGCGCUUCGUGGCCCUGCACGGCCCAGCGCUCGUCUCGUCCGGCGUUCCGCGGCAGCUGUGGCCGCGCCUGCACCACAAGCUGAGCCAUGAGGUGUUCGAUGCGGGCGAGGUGUUUGGAGUCAUGCUGGUGGUGGAGGAAGGCGAUGGAGAUGACGGAGACUCGGAGGAGAGUAAACAUACAAAUCCCGGGGACCCUCCAAGCUACAAAGUGAUUGUAACACGGGAAGACGGCCUCUCUGCUUCUGACUCCAAUAGCAUCUUUCUGAUCGACCACGCGUGGACGUUCCGUGCCGACGUGGCGCGGACUCAGCUGCUGGAGGUUCCGGGGCUUGUGCACCGCAUGGCGCAGCUCAUGGGGCUCGACUUCCACGGCGAGGUCCCGGACGACGACACUGUGGACGACGUGCUGGCACAGCUCUGGCGGUACAGCCAGACCUACAGUCUGGCCCACGGGUCGGCAGAGGAGAAGGUGCCUGUGUGGUACAUCAUGGAUGAGUUCGGCUCACGAAUCCAGCACUCGGACCAGCCAACGUUCUGCACGGCGCCUCUCUGCUACCUGCCAGAGCAGCUGACUUACACACUCCUCUGGCCUGUCGUAGACCUGGAAAAAGGAGACGAGGUGACGCGGGACUUUGCCUACGGCGAGCGUGACCCGCUCGUGCGCACCUGCCGCCUGUUGCCGUGGAGAUGGGCUGACCUGACGCACGUACCCACGCACGUGCUCGUGCCUCCGCCGCGGUCCUUCGAGGUCAUUUUCAAGGAAACAAAGGAAAGCCUUCCACUGCCUAUUGAGCCAGCCGUGUACCCCAAGGACAAAGUUUUUAAGGUGUUUGCGGAGCACGCCCAGGUGCGGGACAAUCUGCAUCAUCCACGGUUCACGCUGGAAGAGGGCCCUGAAGCAGCUGACAUCCUAUACCUGUUUACGCACUACAAGGAUUUCCGCACGCUCAGCGAGGAGCAGCCCUGCGUGAUGCUGAGCCAGUUCCCCGCUGAAAGUCUGCUCACGGUCAAGGACUGCAUGGCAGCGAUGGCACGGAUCGCAGCCGGCGCCGCUGGGACGGCCACGGGAGUCGAGAGUGACUGUUCGGGCCACCCGGCCUGGCUGCCGGCCACGUACAACCUGCAGACGGAGCUGCCGCAGUUUGUCAGCUGCUUCCAGCAGCGUCAGGCCAGGGGUGAGGACAACCACUGGAUCUGCAAGCCAUGGAACCUGGCAAGGGGGCUGGAUACGCACAUCAGCAACAACCUGAGCCAGAUCAUCCGGCAGCGCGAGAGUACGCCCAAGGUGGUGUGCAAGUACAUCGAAAACCCGGUAUUGUUUGAGCGUGCCGAUGUGGGGAUGGUGAAGUUUGACAUUCGCUACAUCGUCUUGCUCCGCUCCGUCAACCCACUCUCCUUGUACGUCUACAACGUCUUCUGGCUUCGCUUCUCCAACAAGCCCUUCUCGCUCGAGCGGUUAGACGACUACGAGAAGCACUUCACGGUGAUGAACUAUGCCCCGGGCGUGGUACUCAAGCAGGUGCAUCACCACGAGUUCAUCCCACUGUUUGAGAGCCAGAACCCCGCUUUCACCUGGACUGAGGUGCAGGCUGAUAUUUUCAAAGCCUUCGUCGAGCUGUUUCAAGCAGCUGUGAUCAAACCUGCUCCUUACGGCAUUGGACACUACGCACAAUCCCGAGCAUUUUAUGCCAUUGACUUGAUGUUGAAGUGGGACACGGAUGCUAACGGUGACCGAAUCAUGCGACCUCAGAUCCUGGAGGUGAACUUUAAUCCCGACUGCACCCGAGCCUGCAAGUACCACCCUUCAUUCUUCGAUGACGUGUUCAGCACCCUCUUUCUGGACGAGAGUGAGGGGCGACCUGUCACAAGGCUAGUUUAAUUGCGAAACCCGAAUAUCACUGCGAUGACUUGGAGAGGCCUUCAAGAAGCAGUGGAUUCAUCAUGGCCGAUGAUGAUCACCGCAAAUCAUGCACAGUGUCGUGACACUUAUAGAAGUCAAUUCUUACAGGUUUAAUUUGAAGGUUGCACAGUUUACUCUUGUCUUAUUGGCCAUACUUCUAAGGUGGAGAGAGAGCCUUACAUAUAUUAAAAAAAUCCAGAGCGUAUACUAUAUUCUCUGUGCUUGUGUUAUCUAUGUUCUACAUUUUUGGAAUUUGAUAUAUUGUAUAAGAUAAUUGGAAAUAAUGCCCGGCUUCCUCCACCCCUCCAAAACACAAGGUUCAGCAAAAUGUAAACUUAAGAUUUUCUUAGAGCACAGAAUAUUGUAGACAAUUUUUUAAUCUAAAUUCGAGCCACAAUGUUGCUGUUCAUUCGUACUUUUUUUUAACGGAAUCAGCCGUGACUGCCACUUCUGAGCCAGAUGCAGUUGCUUGCAAAUACCAAAAGUGCUUCAAACAGCGUGUUUAAGAAUGCAUGUUUAAAUAAAAGCCUUUGGUCAUCAUUUUCUCGUACAAUAUACACUACUGAAACACAUUUGGGCUUUUUCUUUUCUAUUUUUCAGUUUGAGAAAAAAAGGAAUGUCCUUUUUUGCGUUUGUCUUUCAAAUAAAGAAAAUGCUACAAUUUGGGACC